GUUUGUUGGCACGAGGUGAUUUCCCCAAUUGCUCGUCAGCCACCAAGCCAUGACGUUCGAAGUCGCCUCGUCCAAGAGUGCGUGCCAGCUCCUCGUGGAUGCGUUUCGCAAUGGCAGCAUCCCGCUCGACCUCGACCUCGACAGCGUGCUUGACGACUUUGGCGGCAGCACACCUCUGCAUGUCGCGGUCAUGGCGAGCAACGUGGCGGUCCUCGAGGAAAUCCUAUCGCGGGUUCUCGACAUCAACGUACGCAAUCGGGUGGGCAAAACUGCGUUGGCUGUUGCGGUGGCCCACGACGAUCGAGACAGCGUUGACUGCCUCCUCGCGCACGGAGCCCUUCUCAACACGCGCGACCACAACAAGAUGAGCCCUCUUCACGAUGCUAUUCGCUCGCACAAGACUGAAAUGGCGCUGCGGCUCAUUGCGGCCGGCGCCGACGUCGACGAAGUUGCCACGGGCAAUCACACGCUGCUCCACGUUGCGAGCGCGAGCACCUCUGAUGAACUGGCGACAACGAUCAUCCCUGCCCUCCUCGAUGCGGGGGCCAACAUCCAAGAUGCUAUAAAGCCUGGGUUUUGCCAAGUCGGCUCAACUCGCAUCAAGGUGGACCGCAUGCGGCUCUUCUUGGCCCAUGGCGCGCGCUUUGCCGACAUGCCUCCGAUCCACAACCAAACAAUGGUUGCCAACCCUGCAUACGUGCAGCUCUAUCUCGAGCAAGGCGGGAAUCCCAACAAGCAAGACUCGCCUAGCGUAGAGCCGCUUUUGACUACUGCGCUCCGAAAGUGCUCGCUCGAGGCCGUCGAGCUUUUGGCGCCGGUGGCCGAUGUCAAUUUUACCGAGCAGCCCCCAGCGUACGUCUACCGCCACGCAACGUUGCUGCACACGUGCGACCCAUGGGUCCAAGUGGCUCCGUUGGGCCAAGCGAUCUGGCACAACCUCGAUACUUCACUGCUAAAGCAGCUGUUGGACCAUGCUAGCGCGCAGCCUCCCUCGUACUAUGCCAAUGCGCUCAAGAUGGCCCUCCACUGCAAGAGUGCGUCGAACGUGGCUAUGCUGGCGUCCAAGGUCGACCUCACGUCCGAGUGCUUUCUUCUCGACGCGGUCCAGAACCCCGACUAUGUCACCUUGCUGUUGACGUUGGGUGCAGAUGCAAACCGGCGCGACCAGCACGGUCGCCCGCCACUGCUCGGGGCUUGUCAGCCACUUUUCGAGGCCUCGGCGCGCAUCUUGCUGCCGCACACCACCAACAGUAUCGUUCGUGAUGGCUUUCCCCCACUCUUCGAGUCGGUCGCUACGUACGGUUUGCGCGGUCUCGCCAGAGAUUUAGCGCGCACCGUCUUGCCGCCUGCACCAACUACCACCAUGAGCCAGUUCUAUUGGCAGCCGUGCCUCGAGCGCGAUGGGCGAUUGAUGCCGGCCUCCGACUGGGGGUGGCUCCCACAAGGCGUUAACGCAAGUGCCUACUCCAAGCUCGAGCUCGAGUACAUGGCUGCUCUCUGCACACUCCUCGACAAGCCGUUCUGGUGGACCAAGGAAACACUGCCGAGUCUUCCGCCUGGUGUCUCGAUUUGCGAUACCGACAUCAUCCAUGGCGAGCUCCAAGUCAUUCGCGAUGAGUUUGUGCGGCCACUCGGUCUCGUGCCCAACACGACCCGCGGUGUGUACCACGCCGACGACGCACUCUCGGUCGACUUGCUCUCGUCGCUCAGUCAACUCUUGACACCGCUCGAAGUCGACGCUUCCUGGGACGACAACGUCUUGGAGGUCGUCGACCCAGCCAUGCACGGCGCGGUGUACGGCCAAUCGCGCUUCAAUCUCCACCCGCACAACAUGCGUGUCGGGACAUCCACAAGCGCCACCGUUCAACAUGAGAUGCCUCCGUCGACGACGCUUACCGAUGCCGCGUGCCCGCACCUGCAAAUGCUGCCGACGCCGGUGACGUGGGAUGCGUCGUUGCGUCAAGUGACACUGGAGAGCUAUAUCAACAACAUCCACCCGUCGCAGUCGGCGCUCUAUGCGGUGCUGGCCGAGACCCUAUCGACAGUGCUGCCGCUGCUAGAUGCCGCCCGGUGGGUCCCACGAAAAGACAGUCGGCGUAUUCGACUCGGUGGCGGCCACGAGAACGAGCUGCGCCUGCUCCGGGACGCGUACCUGAAGCACCACGGCCUCGACCCGUCGACGACUGUGCUGCAAAAGACGCUGCGGGCGUUCAAGAAGACGCAGGGGCCCAUCACGAGCCAGUUGCAGCCAGCGCCACCGACGCUCGACGCCGUCAAACGGUUCUGGAAGGACUAUGUGCCGCGUUUCGAUGAUGACGACGGUAGCUGGCGGCUUCCGAGCAAGCCUCAGUCGCACCAAGUGCUCUGCCACGUGCAGUGUCUCCGCGCGACGCCCGAGGCACCGGCGAUGACGACAGUGUGGCGUCGUGGGUCGGGCGCUACCAACGAGGCCGUCCAGUUUACAGCCGUGGCUCUGUACGGUGCAGACAAUGUCUCGUUGCGGAUCGAGUUCCGAGAGACGUAUGAGAAGGCCGACUUUGGACCGCACAAGCGCAACCCUGCGAUCGAGGUACUACUCAGCGACAGCAUCGCAGAGCGCGUGAGCCAAGACACGGGGUUUGUGACCUUGCGACCGGGACGCUUGCUGCUCAUUCGGAGCUCGGCCGCAUAUCGCAUCCACCUCCAGUCCGGCAACUCAUCGCGUGAAGGCGUCGCCAAGCUCCUCUCCUGGAGCUUUGUGCGCCCGACCCGGUUCGCGUCGUUGCCGUACCUCCAGCGGUACCCACACCCGACGACCAAGCUUCCUCACCACGCGCUCUUUGUCUCGCCACGCGUCUACGACCGAGCGCUUGCGCUCCACCUCUCGAUCGUCGAAGGUGACGUGGCGCUCGUCCAGCGUUGGCUGCGAUGGGACCCCUCGUUGUGCACGGCGGCGACGCUCGAGCUGGCUGCUGCCGCAUCCCAAGGUCCGAUUCUGCGUCUACUCUUGGACCAGUUUCCAGCGCUGGCGACUGCAAAGAUGAUGGACCUCGUCGCCAUGGCGGGAGACCUCGCGCUUUUAAUAUGGCUCCACGAGGCAGGAGCUGUGUGCACCUCGGCGGCAAUGGACGGAGCGGCCAUGAAUGGUCACGGCGACAUCGUUGCUUUUCUACACUCAGCGCGCACCGAGGGCUGCACGAUCGCGGCGGCAACAGCGGCAGCUGUCCACGGUCACGCGUCCAUCGUGCGAUUUCUUCUCGAGCGGCGCACCGAAGGCGUACAGCCGUCGCUUCGAUUUGAAGUGCCACACGGCGAGCACACGACACACAGCGUCAGUGGCAACACCUACCUCGAGGUCGUCGACCUUGUUGCAGCCUCUGUGAAGCUGACGGACGCAGCGUUCAAAGUGAUAGUGGAGAAAGCGGGUCUGGCGGCGCUGCAGCACGUCCACACAUGUGGGUAUCUGAAGAAGAUGACCAAGCCGUUGCUGGAGCUCGCCGUCACCAAGCAAGACCAUGAGAUGCUGCGCUACGUACUUGACUGCAUCGACCAAGAGAACCCGCGAGCGCCCAGUGAUGUCGAGUGGCUACCUCCGGAUGCUCCCUACGAGCACGUAUCCAUGAGGUCACUCCGUGAUGGCCCCAGUCCGUUCGAUCGGUGGGAGCACUGCAAAGUGAUGGAGCUUGCGGCACUCAACGGUGACAUGACGUCGCUGAAGCUUUUGCACAAGAGCCGCCUCCGCGUCGGAUCGAGCCGAGCCAUCGUCUAUGCGGCCUACCGUGGUCACAUGGACGUGCUCGAAUGGCUGCACAAGCACCGACGCGACGACUGUGACCAAGACGCGAUGGCCCUCGCUGCCGCCCGCGGCCACUACGACGUCGUCCGCUGGCUCCACGAGGUCUACGGCCUCUGGCGAACCCACGCCGCAUUGGCCACGGCGGCGUAUACGGGCCACCUACCGAUGGUGACGUACCUCUUGGACGUACCGACGGGCGGUGUCGACACGUGGACUGACUCGAGCGACGAGAAUUCUGGCCUUGGAGCAAUCUUGCCAGAUCGAGAUGGUGAUCUCGGCGGCUUUUACAGCGACUACGUCCGAGGGUCGGCGGCGUACUGGGCAGCGAGCCAAGGCCACCUCGAGAUCCUUCAGCUGCUCGUCGCCCGUGGCCAUGAGGUGCCAUCGACAGCAACCAAUGAAGCUGUGGAGAACGGUCACUUGCACACCGUGCGCUACCUUCAUGAGGAAUUUGACCAACGCUGUAGCCGCCGAUCGAUCGUGGAUGCUGUCGUGAAGCACCACGUCGACGUUGUCGCCUACGUACUCUCCCACCACUGCUGGCAACUCGCUUCAUCCGUGUUGGUUGACGACAGAAGUGAAAUCAGCUUGCACAUGCUGCUCGUGGCCACCGCACGCAGCGGUCGCCUCGACAUCUUGGAGCUUGUCGGUGGUGCGUUUCCCGUCCAUUUACCAACGGAGCUGCCACGCCGCGUCUCGGAGCGCAUGAUGAUCCGCGCAGCGUCCUACGGGCAUCUCGACAUGCUCCACCAUUUGCAUACCGUCUGCGGCUUUGGUUGGACGUCGGUGGUCCAAGAAGCAGCGAUCCGUCGCGGCCGCAAGAAGGUAUUGCGCUACUUGAGUACGCUCGGGCCCGCUGACACCUCCGUCUAUGACGUCGAUGACCGAGGUUUGUGGCGCGAAAUGAGUGACUUUAUCGUCUCCAUGACGGUGGUCGAUGGGCAAUGGCGCGCGCAACCCAUGUAUAUAGACUAA